AUGUCUGUAACGAAUACUGCCAUUGAUCUGAUACGAAGUGCAAAACGGACUACCUUGGACCAAUUUCCGCCCUAUGACGAGGAUAAGGUGCGUACGUGCUUUGAGGAGAUGGCAAAAUUGUACGAAGAGAAUCGACAUGAUGUCACUUGCAUACGGCCACCUCAGGACUCUAACUCAAGCACCACAUCACUGAGUGGAUCCGAAAAUCUUGUCCAAACUGUUCUCAUUCGACAUGCUAUCCUUGAACGCGUCAAACGAUGCCUCCUUGCAUAUCAUCAUGCUCGGCUGAUGCAGAUCAAAAAUAUUCGUUGGCUUAAUGAGAUUCAAAAGAACCUGUCAGUAGACGAAGUACGGUGGUUUAGCACUUACUGCAGUGCCUUGGCAAAUUUUAUGACGGCAGACAUUUCAGCUGUGGGUGGAGCUGGUGGACUCGAUCUCACGCAAUCCUUGAGACCACCCAAGUCCCUUCUGCUUGAAGUGCGAUGUCUCAAGAACUAUGGAGACUUUGAGACUGAAGAUGGUAUUGUUCUCAACCUCAAAAAAGGUAGUCAACAUUUGAUGCAUCGGUCUGAUUGUGAAAAUCUCAUUCAACAGGGCAUUCUUGAACAUAUUGUUGAUACUUAA